AGGAGGGCUGCUGCUGAACCCAGCAGAAGGACUGCCGCCGGGAAGAUGCCACUGGCAGCUGCGGACGGGACCAAGAUGGUGCGUGUGGCGGUGGCGGCGGUGUUGGUGGUGGGGUGUGUGCAUCACCUCCCCGCCACCGCGGCAGGACAGCCCUCAGUGUUCUACGUCAAGAGUGUUUCUCUUGGCAACUACUUAGAAAAACCAGGGAUGACGAUAGACAGCAGGGAUGCCUACCUGACGAUAAGCGCCAAAGAUAAAUGCAGCUGCCGGGCCGCGUGCCGGACACAUCCUCGCUGCGUAGCCGCUGCCAUAGUGCCUGAUGGGCAGGCAUGGCAGUGCCGUCUGGCCGACGAGGGACCAAUCUUCAUUAACGUCACGGAGGAUCCCGAAGCGACCUAUGUCUUCUGGGAGAAAUCACUGCCAGAGAAUCUCUAUUUCGGAUUGGGAAAGGACAGAAUGCUGUACCUGAUCGAGAAGUUCAGAAGCAAAACAUUCCAAGAAGCCAAAAACUUUUGCAGACGCAUUCCUGGACACCGACUGGCCAUGACAAAAACCAGGAAUAGUUUUGACGCGUUGGUUGACAUCAUUAAGGAAACCGGUAUUGGGUGGGUGUGGAUAGACCUGCGUCAACAGGACGAGACUGACAAAAACUCUUUGGUGUGGGGCGACAACACAACAUACAGUGUUACAAACAUUGUGCCUACAGUCCUCUCACGAGGUUGUCCUUUUAUCCUGACUUGGCGGCGAGCAAUCGAGGAGAAUUGUUACGACGGGCGUUGGUUUGCAGCAUGCCAGGCUGACCCACUGGGCCUGGGCGAUUAGUAUUGUCUCUGCCCAGUGUCUUCUCCUAAGGCUGUCCUUCAGGCCUUUUCAUCAACAGUCCAGUCUAUUUUCUGCAUAACCUUUACAACCUAACUAUGUCUAGUCUGUUCCCUAUUUAUUCAUUCAGUGACACUGAAGAUGAAGACCAGUAUCGAGAAAACUUUUUUACUCCUAUUAACCUUUAGACCCCAUGAUCCUAAGCAUCUUGCACCCUAUCAUUAGGUUUAGUAUAAGGGUAAUAAAGUCAAAUAUUACCUUUCUGAAUUUUCUGGAAUUACAAUCACAAUAGAGUGGAGCGGACCCAGUACAACCUUUA